AUGAGGCAGCCAGACCUCCAGGAAGUGCACCACGGAGGGAAGCCCAGACCGGCAUCAGUCGUGGAGCAGGCGAGGGCGCUGCUGUGGAGGAAAGCCCAGAUGAGUCAGCCAGACCUCCAGGAAGUGCACCACGGAGGGAAGCCCAGGCCGGCAUCAGUCGUGGAGCAGCCGAUGUGGCAAAAUGGCACACAUCCUUCAUGGGAGAUCUCCCCUUCAGUCAAGACCUCAAGACCCUCCUCUAACAGUUCGGCACCUUUACAAUGUGUGGCUGAAGCAGAGUUCCAGCACCUGCUCCUUCCAAUCACAUACAGUACGGUUUGUGUGCUGAGCUUAGCCUCUAAUGGUGUGGCCUUGUGGAGCUGCUGGGCCAGUCGGGCCCGGGCCCCACCUGUCAUGAUCUUCAUCUAUAACCUCAUUGCCAUUGACCUGCUGUUUGCGUUGUCCCUACCAUUACAGGCUGUGUAUCAUGUGAGAAACAAUGACUGGCCUUUUGGCGAGAAUCUGUGUAAAGCCACCAAUGCACUUUUCCUGGCCAAUAUGUUCAGCUGCACCCUUUUCCUGGCCUGCAUCUGCCUGGAGCGUUAUCUGGCAGUCAUUCACCCUGUCCGCUACCUGCGCUUGAGGUGGCCCCUCUGUCGAGUGCUUCUGUCCUUGGCUAUCUGGACUGUGAUAGGGAUUGGACUACUGACAAUCUUCUCCAGGAGCUCUGUGACCAGUCAGUUCCCAAAUGGGAAUACAGCCUGCAUGGAGAACUUCCCAGCUCAUGUAUGGAGUGGAUGUCUGGCAGGCAUGGUUCUAGCCUCCUCUGCACUGGGUUUCUUUGUGCCUUUCCUCACCAUUGUCAUCUGUUCUGUAGUGAUUGCCCAGCGCAUUGUUCAUCUAAGCCAUGGCUCAGCUCAGGCUUCUUCACUGCGGAGGCACUCUCUCUGCACUCUACUGAUGGUGACCACCCUGCUCACACUCUGCUUUCUGCCAUUCCAUGUCAUCUAUACACUACACACGCUUGGCCGGAUUGGAGUCCUGUCUUCUCCAGGGCUUCUGCAGUUCACUUGUUCAGCCCAACGAGCUACCAUGGCUCUUGCUAGUAUCAAUAGUGCUCUUGAUCCAUUGGUCUACUACUUCAACAUGGAACCUGCCCACUGGAAACUGUCCUGCUGUCGCACAAUCCUUCAGCACCUGAAGUGUUCACAUGGGGCUAGCCCCACAGAGGAGGUGCAUCAGAAGCAUGACUUAGAGGGAGAGAUCUUGCCUAAGGCCCGUUUCCAAAGCAACAUCUGA